GUUUUGAACUGAUCGACCGCGUUCAAGUCCUCUGUCCCAAUUUUAUAUGGCCAGCGUCAAGAAAAGCAAGUUGGAUCUCCUCGUUCGGGUUCGGUACUCAAAUCCACUUCCUGCACCACCAUGUCCUCCAAAACUGCUCGACAUCCCAACUAAUCCUUCGCGAUAUGCUCGGCCAGACUUGCUCAAUACCCUUGCCAACAACACCCCAUUACCCAUGAUAGUCGACGCAGAGUGUGGCAUGCCUUUGGACUUGAGCAAAUGGGAGUCCUUAUGGGAAGAGAACGGCGAUGAUUCUGCAUUGAAUCCGGAUCCAGAAAACUUACCAAAACUUGAUCCCAAGGACGAAUUCCUAGCCAGCGAAGUAGCCGGACCAUCGUCCGGACCUUACACGAACGGUCACGCUACCCCAAACGGCCAUGGGCUCCCUUCAGCAUCGUUGGUUCACGUUCCCUGGUUACGGAAGACGGAGUACACAAGUCGGGCAGACAACACGUCUCGAGGAGGAUCUACCGAGUCGAAAAAUGCAAAUGCACAGCCAAUCGAUGUAUCACACAGCGCUCAAUUACGCGAUAUCGAUGCUUCAUUUACCUUCUGCAACGAACGAUUCUCACUAGAGACCCUUCGUCACCCGACCAAACCAGACGUCACUGCGGUCGAGUCUUACGAAGUCCUUCCAGACGUUGAAAUCUGGUCGAACCAGUACGACCUAUUCCGCUUCUCCGAAAGGCCAGGCGAGCGGCCUAUUGACGUCGAAGAUCCACGAUUGGACUGUGCUAUUCUGCGACCUAUGAAGACCGAACAUGACACCUUUCUGGCCUACUACCUCACCGAUGAUGACGAAUCGGCACUUGAAUUCAAAGAGAGCCGAUCAAAGCUGCAACCCUAUGAGGUGGCCCCCAAUCAACCCGAAACUGUCUUCCGCUUCGUGCGAGACUACGAGACCGUUAAAGUCGAACAAGAGGUCCCCAAUGAAUUCCUACUAGUUCUUGAGGAUGGAGGCGAAGAUUUGAAGCCUUCAAUUGAUGGCGCAGACACACAACCUCGGCGUAACGCUAAAGUCAGGGGUGCUUAUUACAAGAACAUUGAACGUAAGAUGACUUUGAAAAAGAAGCGCCAGAAUGCGUUUGAACAGUACGAGGACAAAUGGGACCUGAUACGGAUGUCUCACACCGAUAUGAGCAAAGAGGAGGAGGACGAACGCCAGGAAGCUUUAGCGGAAGUGGUCGAUCCAAUGUUCUUAAUGAGAGCCGAUGCAGAUGCCGAUGGAGAAGGAGAGAUUGAUCAUGAGAUGGUUGCACCGCCUGACUUUCCGUUCCCAACGGAAACAUGAUUGCAAGUUUUUACAUCGUACUUCUAUAUGUACCUAUGCUCGUUAUUUGCAAUUGAGCUGUACAGGUAACCAGGUCGAAGCGGUUAUUUAAACCAUACU